GGGGCGUUGGAACUGACAGACGGAAUGCAAGUAGUGAAGUCCAUCUCGUGUUGUAUUGUAUCGAAAAUGAAUCGUACACAAAAUUUGUCUCGGCUACAUGUUUGAAAAAUUGUGUAGCCGAGUUGUGUGAGAGAGCAAAAAGUUCACAUGGUUAACAUUACAUUUUAUUUUUGAGAAUAAUGACAUUAUAUAGGUUAUGUUUUCGGGGAAGAUAAGUAUGUAUACGUUUUGAAGUGUGACCAGUGAUGAGAUUAUUUUUCAAGCUACACUACAAACGCAUAAAAAUUUAAUUCAAAAGCAGCGGUAUCAACUGCAGUGUCCUACGGAAAUUGUUUUCCCUGAAAUGGCCAGACAAGAUACUGAGGGUGAAGACUUUUGGAACUCCAGUAGUAUCAAGUCUUUUAACUUUGAUGAUGAUGAGCCAGGUGGAGGCUUGUUUGGGGUGUCGAAGAGUGGUACAGCUCGUCUGUCUCAACAGGUACGAGCUUCUCUUCCAGGUGAAGAAUAUGGGGGAAAUAAUGACUCACUCACAGGUUCUACAUCCACUACCUCCUCAAAUACUGCACCACCCCUUCAUACUUUGAUUUCUGAAAAAUGUUUAACUGCCAUCAUGGAUGCUGACUACCCUGACACAGCCUAUGGAGAUCCAGUGAAACGUGUCAUGAAACCUGAAGAAGAAAUUAGAAUGUUGAAACGUCAAGUGCAGGAAAGAUGGGAUGAACCACCAGUAGAACUGACUAUCAAACACAUUUUCCUGGGCCGUCCACAUUCAUUAGAAUCAUACCGUAGCCUUUCAAGCAAACGUGCUCUUUUAGAUGCAGCUAUUAAUUUAGGGGAUGGGAAUGCAAUUUUGGCGGUUAUUCUCUUUCUUGUUCAGACUUUAAAAAAGAGUUUGCUUCAUCAAAUACUUGCUUCUAACCCUGUUGCUGCAACUCAUUAUGCUAGAUACCUUGCCACUCGAUUACAAGCUGCGGAAUUGACAGAUCUGUUGGUGAUGUUAGGAAAGAGCCGGGAUGCAGCAAUGAAGCAAUACCAAUUAUGCUCUUCAACUCAGAAUGUUCAACGUCAAAUUCAGAAGCUUAGAUCAUGUAUUAGUAGUCAUUUUGUGCAAGGAGAUUCUCCUCUCAAAAAACUUGCCCAAAAUCAUGUAGCAUUAUUAGAAUGGGAACUGGCUGUUGGAGAGAUGGACAAAGAAAAUUUAAUUGGAAAGUCAGCUGUAGAAUGUUUAGCCCAUGCUUGCCGAUUACAUUGGGAAGAUCCUCGGGGAAGCCCAACAAACCCAUUUGCUUUGGCUCAACUUCAUGGUAUUAACGAGAAGCAAUUGCACUGGACUAUUCUUUCGGAAAGAGCAUCUCAGAAAGCAUGGCCAGAUAUUGACUCAGUAUUUAUAACAAAAAAUUGGAUUGGUUCCGGUUCAAAAUUGAAACUAGCUAUACCAAUUGAUAAGGUUGUGAUCCAGCUUCAUUCAAAGGGUGCACCAAAUGACGUUCUUUCCAAAUACCUGGGAUUUGUGGAUAGCUAUGAAAAGAGAAUAGCUCUAGCUCAAAAGAUUGGCUGUCAUAAAACUGUGAUUGAUAGCUAUGCUGCUCUUCGAGAUCGUCAAGGCAUACAGGGCUACAAGGCAACUCUUCAUCCAGGGUCAGAGGAAUUCCUGCAUGCAGAAGGAGUGCUUAGAGUAUCGACAACAAAGUGGAAAAAUUAAAAGAAAAUCUGACUGAUAUUGUUUAUUAUUUUCACCAUUAUGAUAUUGUGGAAGAAAAGAUCUUGUCCUGUUAAUUUUUUGACAAUUUAUGAACUUGACAAAACUGUAGUUUUUGUUAUGGAAACUCUCAACUUCAGAAUUCUUAAGAGUGACUGAGUAGUGUGCAUUCCUCUGCCUUGCAUAAAACCUUUCUGUAUCUAUUAUAUGACCAGCUCAUCUAA